GAUACCAAACAGGAUGUGGGUUGGGACUCCGGCUCGAUAGGGGGAUGUCAGCUGAAAAAAGCAGACCUGGCAACCUCACUGACAAUUGCACCUUGAGCUGGAGUGGUGAUGAAACGGCUUCUACACUAUCAGCUCUGACACGGCGCGCCACAAUUCACUGAGCCCUUGUCUUUAAAGCGAGUGAGAGAGAAAGAAACCGGUGACAGCAGUCUGACCAGCAAUGUCAGGCAGAUAAGAGCUGCGUGACUGAACCCCGCCGAAAUGAGCGACAGAGCCGAGAUGAGAGGGCCCACAAGCCGCAAGAGGAGGACGACCAUCUCCGGCGGCGGUGGCGGCGGCGGCGGCGUGAAGCAAGCCAACGGGAGCAAGUUGCACGACGCUGGGGAGAAACCUCCACAGUGUCCUGGUAAAGCGAAAACAGACGAGGUGUCCAGACAUGCAAACAACAACGGGAAGGUGGACAGAGAGAUGGGGAUGUCAGGGCAGCAGCAGCAGCUCCCAAACAGCCCAAAGAAACAGCGGAGUGCAGUGGAAGAUAUUAACGAGAGACUCAGCUGUCACAUCCUCCAAGAGUCUCUUCUGAGCUCGGCCAGCGGCUACAGUAACUACAGAGGAAUCCUCAACUGGUGUGUUGUCAUGCUGGUGCUGAGUAAUGCACGCCUCUUCUUGGAGAACAUUAUAAAGUAUGGCAUCUUGGUAGACCCCAUCCAAGUAGUGUCUCUCUUCUUGAAGGACCCCUAUAGCUGGCCAGCUGCAUGCCUCAUCAUCGUGUCUAACGUGUUCAUCUUAGCAGCCUUAUACACAGAGAGACGUCUGGCUGUGGGUACCAUCUCAGAAAUUACAGGACUGAUUCUUCACUUUUUUAACCUGACAGCCUUGUUGAUUUUUCCUUCUGCCACAAUACUCACUGUGACCUCCAUUACCCCAGUGGGUGGUGUCCUCUCCUUAGGAAUCUACACAGUGCUGUUUCUCAAGCUGUACUCCUACCAAGACACCAACAGGUGGUGUAGAGAAAUCAGACAUGCCAAAGCCAAGAAAUUAACACGAUCAUACUCAUGUCCGUCUGUGGCGCAGUCCAAUGGUUCAGCUGUUCAUGCUCAUGUCUCCUACCCAGGCAACCUCACCCACAGAGACAUGUAUUACUUUGUCUACGCCCCAACUCUCUGCUACCAGCUCAACUUCCCACGGUCGCCUCGAAUACGCAAAACUUUCCUGAUAAGAAGACUUUUUGAAAUGGUUUUCUUCAUGCAGCUGUUGGUGGGAUUAAUACAGCAGUGGAUGGUUCCCACUAUACAGAACUCAAUGAAACCAUUCCAGGAAAUGGACUUUUCUAGGAUGAUGGAGCGCCUGCUGAAGCUAGCCGUCCCCAACCAUCUGAUAUGGUUAAUAUUCUUCUAUUGGUUUUUUCACUCUUCUAUGAACUUUAUGGCAGAGCUUCUGCAGUUCGGAGACAGAGAGUUCUACAAAGACUGGUGGAACUCUGAGAGUGUCACAUAUUUUUGGGCCAACUGGAACAUCCCAGUUCACAAGUGGUGUCUCAGACACUUCUAUAAGCCUAUGUUGAGGAAGGGGGUCAAUAAGUUUUUGGCUCAAACUGCUGUCUUCCUGGUGUCUGCCUUCUUCCAUGAGUACUUGGUGAGUGUUCCCCUGAAGAUGUUCAGACUCUGGGCUUUUAUGGGUAUGAUGGCUCAGGUCCCUCUGGCUUGGUUUGUGGGUCGCUAUCUGACUGGAAACUACGGCAACGCCGCCGUGUGGAUGUCACUCAUCAUUGGCCAGCCUGUCGCUGUGUUGAUGUAUGUCCAUGACUACUAUGUCAUUCAUUACGGAGGCACCACAUAGUGCUGGACAAACACACACACACACCACACAUAAACAUGCCCAUGUCAUGUUGUACACACACCAGCCUGCAGGACAACUCAAUGAGUGAAUGGAGAGCAGGUUAAGGUGACAGUGAUGGAAAGUGCUGCUAGUAUAAACCUGUCAGUAAACCGCAGCAACAGCGGGAAAAUUGUUUGCGACUUCUCGAUUUUUGCACUUAAAGGGAAACUUCGGUUUUUUUUCAACCUGGACCCUAUUUUUCCUUCGUUUUGUGUCUCAGUGGCUAAUGGUGACAACAAUUUUUGAAGUUGGUCCAGUAUUGAGUGAGAGCGCUUCAGCUCAAAGCCGCGGGCUGUAAUGUCAUCCAAUGGGGCAAUUACGCCCUGUCAAUGUAUGUCCACUGAAAG